AAAGGACAGAGUUGGCGGCAACAACAUCUCCCAAAGUAAAGCAUUUCCGUUAUGCCAAUCAAUGAAUAUGCCAACAACCGUUAUACCACCUCACCUCCUCUUCCUUUCUACGUGUCCCUCUUCUUUUCCCUCCACCUGUCCUUUCCCUUCUCUCAACUCCCUCUCUUUCUCUCCCCACAAGCAUUCUUCUUCUUCUUCUUCUUCUUCUUCUUCUUCUUGGGUUGUUGGAAGUGUUUUUCUCAGCUAAGAUGGUUCUGUCAAGAAAAGGGUUGUUUGUGUUAAAGGAGGCAGUGGAUGAUAGUGUGGGACUAUUUAAUUGGUGGAAAGAUAUUGAUGAAUCAGAAGAAUGGCAAAGAGGCAUUUACUUUACAUUAUGUGCUGCUUAUGGAUUUGUUUCCUUGGUUGCAUUGGUACAACUUUUGCGUAUUCAUUUAAGAGUACCAGAAUAUGGAUGGACAACACAAAAGGUUUUCCACUUGAUGAACUUUCUAGUGAAUGGAUUGAGAGCUCUCAUAUUUGGUCUUUACAAGAAUGUGUUCCGUAUCAGACCUAAGGCCUUUGAAAUGGUGCUCAUGGACCUUCCUGGUCUUCUAUUCUUUUCAACAUACACAUUGCUUGUUUUGUUCUGGGCUGAGAUUUAUAAUCAGGCAAGAAGCCUUUCAACUAAUAAACUUAGACCUGUUUAUUAUGUCACCAAUGGACUUGUAUAUUUCAUACAGGUCUGCAUCUGGAUUUUCAUACGACUAAGCCGAAGUCCUGCUGCGGUGGAAGCUGCUAAGCUCUUCUUUUCAAUUAUAUCAUUCUGUGCUGCUCUUGGAUUCUUGUUAUAUGGUGGGAGGUUGUUCGUCAUGCUGAGGCGCUUCCCUAUUGAAUCUAGAGGUCGCCAAAAGAAGAUUUACGAGGUUGGAUGCGUUACAGGAAUCUGUUGUACUUGUUUCCUGGUCAGGUGCUUUGUGCUUGCAUUCUCUGCAUUUGAUGAGGACGCCGAUGUCAAUGUCAUGGAUCAUCCCAUUCUGAACCUUUUAUAUUACAUGGUGGUAGAGAUACUUCCAUCAGCUUUGGUGCUUUUCAUCCUGAGAAAACUCCCCCCAAGGCGUGUUUCAGACCAAUAUCACCCCAUAAAAUGAAGUUCGAGCUAUACAACCUACUAAACGAAGGCUUGCACCAUAUGUCCCUGGCAUUAUUCUCCAGCUUGAGCUAUGAUUUUGUUCAUCUCUCUCUCACUCUCAAAUUUAUUUAUUUGUUUUCUUUAUGUAGACACUUUUAAUCAAAAUUUCUGUAUAUUCGUCUUUCUUUGGA